AGCACGGAGGUCAAGAUGGCCGCCGCGACACAGGCCAGACACGUGGAAAAUGUCGAUGGCUUGAUCCUCGACGUCGAGAAUGCGGAGAAGUCCCAGGUGGCCGGGUUGAAGUUGGCCGCGGACGGGCAUACUGUGCUGCAGCCACAGCCUUCAGACGAUCCCAACGAUCCGCUGAACUGGACGCCGUUCAAGAAGCACAUUAUCUUGUUCAUCGUCGCGCUCUCCGCAUUCGCAGGAGACUUUGGCUCCGGCGCGGGAAUCCCAUGUAUCGUCCUUCAGGGAAUCGAAUGGGGCAUGACACCCGACAAAGUCAACUACGCGGGCAAUCUCAACGUGAUAUUCCUCGGUAUCGGAGGACUAUGGUGGAUUCCGUUCGUCUACUUCUGGGGCCGCGCACCCGUCCUCUUCUGGACGACCCUGGCCGGCGCACUCUUCACGCUCGGAUGCGCAGUGACAACGAACUUCACAACGUUCUACGCGCUGCGUGCCAUGAUGGGCUUCACCCUGACCGCCUGCCAAACUAUCGGCCUCUCCUUCAUCAAGGACAUGUUCUUCUUCCACGAGCACGCACGGAAGAUCGGACUCUGGGCUGCGCUCUUCCUUGCUGCACCCUACUGCGGCCCCCUCCUGGGCAACUUCAUCAUUGCGGAGACAGGCGAGUGGCGCUACGUCUUCUGGCUCGUCUUCGGCGUGUGCUGCAUCGACCUAGUGCUGAUCCUGAUGUUUGCGGACGAGACGUGGUACAACCGGACGAUCCCCGCGCAGCCGGCGCGAGGCUCGCGCAUCAUGCGGGUCCUCGGGGUGUGGCAGAUCCAGAACCACGACGGCAACUUCAUGACGGUGUCGCGGUCCGUCGGGCGGUUGACCGAGACUUUGAUGAAGCCGAUUGUGCUCCCUACCAUGCUGUACUACGCCAUGUCGUUCAUGUGGUCGGUCGGCAUCAACAUCACGACCAGCAUCCUGUUCGAAACCCCGCAGGAGCUGGGCGGGUACGGCUUCUCGUCGAAGGCGGUGGGGUUCCUGUACUUCACGCCGAUAGUCGCGGUGGUGAUCGGCGAGAUGUUCGGCCACUACUUCAACGACUUCAUGGCGAACCGGUACAUCGCGACGCACCAGGGGCGGUUCGAGCCCGAGGUGCGCCUGUGGACGUGCUACAUCGCGCUCAUCCCCAUGAUCCCCGGGCUCGUCCUCGUAGGCCAGGGCCUCCACCACCACCUCCACUGGGCUGUCCUCGUCGUCGGCUGGGGCGUCUACGUCUUCGGUGUCAUGACCGCGUCCGUCGCAGUUACUACGUACCUCCUCGACUCGUUCCAGACCGCGUCCGGUGAGGUCGCCGGGUACCUCAACUUCGCCCGCGUUGUCGCCGGGUUCUCGGUCGGCUACUUUCAGAUGCCUUGGGGACUAAAGGUCGGCUACGAUAAAAGCUUUGGCACGCAGGCGGCUAUCGUCGGUGCCGCACUCAUCGUUCUGUUCCUCAUCCAGAGGUACGGAAAGAGGCUGAGGGAUAAGGGUGGGCCGGUUAAGUUCUGAGUCUGAGAGCGAGGCGGAAGAGCGCGAGGACGGGAGUGAUGAGUGAUGGGUGAUGAUGCGAUGAUGCAAGAUGUGUAAUUAGUGUGGAUACGUGUGUGUAUAUAUACGAGCGCU